AUGAACUGCGCACUGUGGUACAUCAAUUGCAGAGCUAUCGGUAACGCUAGUGCUGCAUUAGCUGACGUAUUUCAAAAGGUGUAUGGAUUUACAUCUGAGGCGAUAGAAAAUGGAGUAACACUCUCAUUCAAAGAGCUAGGUUUGUUAGUCGACGCAGUAUAUUGUAUGACUCUUCUUUAUAUCUUUUGCGAUUGCUCUCAUAAGGCUUCUGAAAAUAUUGCUGAACGUGUUCAGACGACUUUGCUUAAUAUCAACUUGAGCCAGGUGGAUUCUCAUACAGCCAAAGAGAAUGCCGCGACAACGCGUAAGGACUACUGA